CGGUUCCCGAUCUGGCAGUGCGAUCGGUGGCGCUGGUGGUGCGGGAUCUUGGGGAGCCGCUGCAGCCACAGUCAGCUGAGUUUGUAGCUCUGUGACGUUGAUGGAUUGCAGUCUGAAUAAUGAUUCCUGUGGGACUUAAUCCUGUGCAGCAAAAUGAUGAUGAUCCAAGUAGAGAGGAUGUUGCAAAGAGAAACAAUCAGAUGAGAGAUGUCAUUCUCUGCUACAAAGAAGACAAAAAACACAGCAGAGGGGAGGAAGGACAGAGAUAAAUAAGCUGUAUUACAGAGGGCUAUGAUCAAAAAGCUGCCAGAGCUCAUCAACUUCUCUUCUCUGUGAUGAUGGAGACUCUGGAAGAAGUUGAACUCUGCUUUCCGCAACUCCUCAAUACGUCCUGCAAGAAGCCAAAGCGUUCUCACUUUGAGGUCAUAAUGUCUUACAUUAUACUGUCCUCCAUUACUGUGCUCAGCACAACUCUGAACCUGCUGGUCAUCAUCACCAUCUCACACUUCAAACAGCUCCACACCCCCACCAACCUCCUCCUUCUCUCUCUGGCUGUCUCAGAUUUCUUUGUGGGCCUCCUUGUGCUCUUUCAAAUUAUGUUCAUAGACGGCUGCUGGUACCUUGGUGACCCCAUGUGUAUCGUGUAUCUGUGUCUAGGAUGCUUUAUUACCGCUUCCUCAGUAGGAAAUAUGGUGCUCAUAUGCGUUGACCGCUACGUGGCUAUUUGUGAUCCUCUGCAUUACUCCACCAAAGUCACUCAAAAAAGAGUUAAAGUCUGUGUUUCUCUUUGUUGGAUAGGUUCUGUAAUCUUUCAAAGUCUGGUACUUAAGAAUAACUUUGAAAAUACAGGCAGCGCUAUUUCUUGCACUGGUUAGUGCGUGGCUGUCAGUAACAACAUUACAGAACUUGCUCACCUGGUAUUUUUCUUUAUCGGUCCUGUUACUGUCAUCAUAGUUCUGUAUAUGAGAGUAUUUGUGGUGGCUGUGUCUCAGGCUCGUGCCAUGCGGUCUCUUACUGUAGCUGUCACACUUCAGGGUUCAGUGAAAGUAAAUGUUAAGAAAUCUGAGAUCAAAGCAGCCAGGACUCUUGGUGUUGUUGUACUUGUUUUUCUAAUGUGUGUCUGCCCCUAUUACAUUGUGGUCUUUACAACCCGGGAUGCUUUGCUUGAUGGUUCAUCAACCUUUAUGAUAUGUAUGUUAUAUUUAAGUGCAAGUAUUAACCCUUUGAUUUAUGUCUUUGUCUACCCCUGGUUCAGAAAAUGUCUUAAACUCAUUGUUACACUUGAGAUACUGCGGCCUGACUCCUGUGAGGCCAACAUACUGUAG